GCACAUGUUGUAAAUACUGUAUUGCACGUUGGGUAGUUAGAAAGUUAAGAUUUAAGGUAAAACACGUUAGAAAAUCAUCACAAGAUUGAAACAUGCCGAAAGUCAAAGCAGAGAAGAAGUCUAGACAGCACCGGGAGGUUACAAGUCAAGGAAUAAUGUUCAACACCGGCAUUGGGCAGCACAUUCUGAAAAACCCUCUGGUGGUCAAUGGUAUCAUUGAUAAGGCAGCGCUUAGGCCAACAGAUGUGGUGCUGGAGGUUGGCCCUGGUACUGGUAACAUGACGGUCAAACUGCUGGAGAAAGCUAAAAAGGUUAUUGCUUGUGAGCUGGACACUAGACUUGUGGCUGAACUUCAGAAGAGAGUACAGUGCACUCCAAUGCAGACCAAGCUUCAGGUCUUGGUGGGGGACGUUCUGAAGACAGACCUGCCUUUCUUUGAUGUUUGUGUGGCCAACCUGCCCUAUCAGAUCUCAUCACCGUUUGUGUUCAAGCUGUUACUUCACAGGCCAUUCUUCAGGUGCGCGGUGCUGAUGUUCCAGCGAGAAUUCGCUAUGCGGUUGGUCGCGAAGCCUGGUGACAAGCUUUAUUGUCGGCUGUCUAUAAACACCCAGCUGUUGGCCCGUGUGGACCAUCUCAUGAAGGUGGGAAAGAACAACUUUCGCCCUCCACCUAAAGUGGAAUCCAGUGUAGUCAGAAUAGAACCAAAGAACCCCCCACCACCAGUUAAUUUCCAGGAAUGGGAUGGUCUUGUCAGAAUAGCAUUUGUAAGAAAGAAUAAGACUCUCAGUGCAGCAUUCAAGUCCACAGCAGUUGAGCAACUGUUGGAAAAGAAUUACAAAAUUCACUGUUCUGUGCACAAUAUUGAAGUACCACAGGACUUCAGCAUUGCAGAAAAGAUAGAGAGCAUUCUUCAGGAAAGCAAGUUCAGUGAGAAACGAGCUCGAUCCAUGGACAUAGAUGACUUCAUGGUACUUCUCCACGCCUUUAAUUCAGCCGGGAUCCAUUUCUCAUAAGUGGCAAAAUCAGCAAAAAAAGCGAUCCCAGCAAUGGAGUGAUUUUUAUGGACUACUGGAAUCUGCUGAUUCCAACCAGAUUUCUUCAUAUUUUGCCUUCUCAGAAGAGCGUGUGAUCUGUGAAAUCACGUAAUUUCAUGUACAUAAAACUGUAUGUGCAAUGCUGUUUCUCCCAAGUUGCACUCCUGGUGGUUCUGGAGGAGUGGUUGUUAUCCUGGAAUGCUGGAGGUGACUCUGGUUUGUGCUUUCAUCCUGUAAUUACAUAAUUGCAUCAUCAUCAGGCUACAUUACCAUGUGCUGAAAGCAUUCAACAUUUUGCCAUUUAGAGAGACUUGGAAAAUCUCUGUUUACUCUGUAGCUGGUUGACACCUGUAAUACCAGGUGAUCUGCGAUUUCAUCCCAUCAUUGGCCUCAGUCCAGUAAUCAGGGAGUGAGGUGAAAUGCUCAACAAAAAAGGCCAACUUGUUAGCCAGGUGGCUACCGCUUAUGUGCUCCUCGUGGAUCAGAGGGUCUUUUGGAACUCGUUAUUUGUACAGGAAGUUGACUGUGACAAGAAAUCAGCAUAACAGAG